AUGACACCUUUGUUCAACAGUCAUCUGUCAUUACAGGUGGUAUCGAUACGUGAUGUACAAAAGGCACGCAAGGUCGUUGGAACAAAGAUCAAGAAGGUACUCGACCUCCAAGUCACAUACGAUCAGACAACCUCAUUCAUCAUCCAGGUGACACAGAAGAAGUUGCAAAAGUUGACACAAGAUAUCAAGAAGGAGUUGAAUAAUAUAGAGUUACAUAAUGUUAAUAUUACAUCACAUUCAUCGGCAGAGUUGCAGAACCUUUUGCAGAUCAUUGGCGCAACACCAAAGAUUGCGAGAUCGAUGAGUGUUGCAAAGUUCUUGGAGAGAGAGGGUAACAAAGUGAUGUCAAGAGCAUUCAUCACGGAUGAGUUCAUCAGGGAUAACAAUCAUCAAGGUGUACUGGACAAGAUAAAGAAGAAACAAAAGUUGACCAAGAAGGAGAGAUUCUGUUUCAUCAAGUACAACAGAAUACUCUAUUACUAUACACUAUCAAAGGAGGUCAAGGGUGCAAUAUGUUUGGACGACUGCGCAGUAUCAGUGUCAAAGAGCAAUAAUAAUGGCUUCGAAUUGCAGACACCCCAUAAUGGACAUUACUUGUUCUGUGCCAAGUCAGCAUCAGAGUGUGAUCAAUGGGUACAGGCAAUUAGGAAGUGUAUCGAUGUUUGUAAGGAAUCCAAGAAGGCUGUCAAUGGCACACUGUCAGGAUCGAUCAUCAAAGGACGUGACCUUGCCAAGAAAGACCUCAAUGGCUUUGCCGAUCCAUUCGCCAUCACCCGUAUCGAGAGACAACAAUCUCGCACGCCAACCAUCUACAAGACCCUGAAUCCAACAUGGAACGAACCAUUUGCAUUUGACAUUACAAAGAAUGAUGGAUACUUCUAUCUACUUGUAUGGGAUGAGGAUAAGUUCACGGCAGCAGACUUCAUGGGCAAGGUGGUUAUCCCAUUGACAGCACUCCAACCUGGACAAGAUGUACAGCUAUACCUUCCACUCAUUCCAAAGGCAAAGAACAACACAGUCACUGGAGACGUCUCCAUUCGUUUGAAAUAUGUCUAUACUCUCGAGCAUCAAGCACAACAAGCAUCAACAUUGUUUGGACAGAGCUUGGCAUACUUUGAGACUAAACCAGAGUUGUGCAAGGAUGGACUACCAUCGGUGUUGUACGACUUUGUCAACUUCUUUGAGCAGCAUGGUCUGAAGGAAGAGGGACUGUUCCGAGUGUGUGGAUCAUCACUCGAGAUUAAGAUGUACAAACAACACAUGAACGCCGGUCAGCCACUCAAAUACGAGCCAAACAACAUCCACUCACUGGCCGGAGUAUUCAAGUUGUUCUUUAGAGAGUUGCCAGAGCCUAUCUUGACAUUUGAUAAAUACGAUGCAUUCUUGGCACUGGCAGCACAGAACACAACAUUGAAGCAGAUAUCAACAUUGGUUAAGGCGUUGCCAAGACAGAACCAGAAGCUACUGCAGCUGCUACUACCUUUCUUCCAUAAUAUUGGACGCGUGGAGAAUUCAAAGUAUAACAUGAUGAACUUCUCCAAUCUGGCCAUUGUGUUUGGACCUGCCAUGCUGCGACCGAUGCACGAGACCAAUGAGGGCAUCCUCAAGUUGAACCUUGUCAACGAAAUCACAAGGAAGCUGAUCGAGUAUGGACCCUCCAUCUUUGAGAGCUCUACCUAA